UCUCAUUCUCUUAAAUUGACGGGAAAAUUGUGUUUUUUUAGCGCAAAGUGCACUAUUUUUAAUCUAUAAAAUGUAUUUUAUAAUUUAUCAGUAUUUAUGGUGAUGCUUAAUUGCCUCCACACCCAUUUCCCCUUCAGAAAAAAAAAAAAAAGAGAAAAAUCCCAACUUUUUUCUUUUUACCAGAAAAUCUCAACUUCUCUUAUCCUGAUUUCGAUCCAGAAAUUAAACGAUGCAAGAUCCUGCCACAAAAUCUCCUGAAACCAACCAUCUACAUUUUUCCAAUCAUACUACUAGCCGAAUAAGUGACAGUUAUAAAGGCCACGGUACCACAAAUUAUGGCUUCCGAGCUCAGAAAACGGCACAGAAUUAUGCCAAUUACCAGAAACGGAAUAGCUUGCCGGGAUUUGGAGCUGAGAGAAAGUUUACAGAUGAUGAAGAUUCUGGGAUAUGUUCCCCACCUUUGUGGAGAACAAGUCCACCCAGAAGUCCCCAACAUCGCCAGAACCACUAUCGAAGUCUUUCUCCAUCGUCGAGAGCUCAAGAGGUUGCCAGAGGCCAGAAAGAGCUCAUGGAGAUGGUGAGUCGAAUGCCUGAGGGAUGUUUCGAGUUAUCUUUGAGAGAUAUUGUAGAGAAGAGGAGCAUGGUUGAUCAGACUAUAGAGAAGAGGAGCAUGGUUGAUCAGACUAAGGAAGAGAAUUUUAGUAAAGAAAGGAGUAUAAAUGGUGAAGAUUUUAAUGCAAGGGAAAAAGCAGAGAAGAAAAAGAAUGAUAAAAGAAGGCAAGUGAACAGAAGUGAAAGCAUAGACAAUGGAGGGUUUCUUCUGAAGAUGGUGUUUCCAAUUUCUUGGAGUUCAAGAAAGAAGAAGAAGAAGAAGAACAAUAAUUUAGCGAUGAAUAAUAGUACAAGAGAUGGAACUGUGUCUCCAAAGCCUCUGCUAUUAGAUGGAUCUGCAAAAGUUGUAGAAAAUGAGUGGUGGAAGCAAAAAUUCUUGGAGACUGGAGAGACUGAAAAUGGUGGAUUUAGUGGCAAUAGUGGAAGCUCAAAAAGCGGUGACAGCAGCAGCAGAAGUAGCAGUAGGAACAGCAGCACCAGGCAUGGAAGAGAUCGUUGCUGGUCUUUCUUUUUUAGGAAGAGAGGGAGGAAGGAAUGAAGGAUCAAUCUCUUCCUGAACUCAACUCUGUUUAUAUAUAUAUAUAUAUAUAUAUAUAUAUAUAUAACAUGUAUGUUUAGUGAAAUAUACAGGAGUCUAAACCAAUCAAGUUUAAAAAAAAAAAAGUCAGUCUCGAUCUAUUAUAUUUUCAAUAUAUUUAAGUUUCAAGUCUGAUUUAGAGUAUGAACUCACCUUUUUUUGGAUUUUGAUAAAUUUAAAUCGGGCUCAUGUUUAAUUUUCUUAUUUAACUCGUGAAAUUCACAUUCAACUUAUUUAUAAA